CGCCACCAGGGCACCAUGGCCUCCUCCUUCCUCUCCCUACGCCUCCCCACGCCCUCUCCCUUCUUCUCCCCGAACCCCCUGCUCCGGUCCGCGAGGUGCGGCGCGCCGUCCUCGGCCCUUGUGGCGCGUGUUUACGGUUUCGGGUCGGCGGCGGGGGCUCCGUCGCCGUUGUUCAACCCGAAGGGCGACCCGUUCCUGUCCACGCUAGCCUCUGCCUCUCCCGAGCGCCUCGAGGCCGCUGCGGGCGGCGAACACCGCGGCGAGGACCACCUGCCGUUCCUCGAGAUCUUCCAGAACGCCAAGCUCAUGUCCUCGCCCGCACAGGUGGAACGUUCUAGCAGCUCAUACAGUAUGCACAGGCCUAGAAGGCCUCCCCCAGAUUUGCCAUCGUUGCUUCUACAUGGUCGAAUUGUUUACAUUGGCAUGCCGUUGGUACCAGCAGUUACUGAGCUCAUUGUUGCCCAGUUGAUGUACCUUGAUUGGAUGGAUAGUAAUGAGCCCGCAUAUAUAUACAUCAACUCAACAGGAACAGCUCGUGAUGAUGGUGAACCAGUUGGGAUGGAGACAGAAGGCUUUGCUAUCUACGAUGCAAUGAUGCGGAUGAAAACUGAGGUCCACACACUUUGCCUAGGAGCUGCAGCAGGUCAUGCUUGUCUUGUACUUGCAGCAGGAAAGAAAGGCAAACGAUAUAUGUUUCCUCAUGCCAAAGCUUUGAUUCAGCAACCUCGUAUUCCUUCAUAUGGGAUGAUGCAAGCAUCUGAUGUUGUUAUUCGUGCGAAAGAGGUCGUGCACAACAGGAACACCUUGGUCAAACUUUUAUCAAGACACACUGGAAAUCCACCAGAGAAAAUAGACAAGGUGAUGAGAGGACCAUUCUAUAUGGAUUCCUUGAAAGCCAAGGAGUUUGGGGUCAUUGACAAGAUCCUCUGGCGAGGUCAGGAGAAGUACAUGUCUGACAUGCUCUCCCCUGAGGAUUGGGACAAAGUUGCUGGAGUGAGAGGCCCUGGCGGAAUGUGAAGUUGCACACUGGAUUCUGAGUACCAAGUUAGGCCUCAAAGCUCGCCUCUCAAAAAAAGAAGGCCUCUAAACUCGCAGGGGCUGGAAGCAGCUAUAUGACUGAACUGUUGACGAUGGCAGCUGGCAACGAGCCGAGGGGCAUAUGUUCCGCAGACAGGCUAGAUUAGAACACGGGCGAUCAAGUUACUGUGUGUGCUCUCUGGAUUCGAGUUAGCAAGUGUUUUUGGUAGAUCUGUAGUUGUUUCUCUGCCCAUUUUCCAGCUCAGGUUUUGCCGUUUUGGUACUCACUGUUAGCGCACGAUGUACACGUUUCAUGGGCCCAAAGCUAAGGAGGGGGAAAAGGCCGAGCUCAGAAUGUUUACAUUGGUGGACGAGAGACAGUGCCCUUUGACACUCUCACGGUGGCUAUGUACUUGUGGUACUAUAUCCGAUACACUCAUGGGCGUUGUAACUCGCAAUCAUUGCAAAACUCAGCUUUAAUAAUGCUGCUGGGAGCAGAGUACACCUGCUAUCUGCAUUUGUGGUUUC